AGAAAAACUCACUGCAGGCUCCACAAGAAACCCACCCUGGUUUCUUCGUCGUGACUUCCCGUUCCGUUUCUGUUGGUCUGUAAAGAACGCAUGAAGAAAGAAACUUAGAAUGAGCUCCUAUUACUAAUCUAUUUUACAUCAUUUUUUAUUUUUCCUCAUUGCGGGAACAGCAACACCCCGCUUGCGCCAUAGAUGUGAUUCUGAUUGUCCCAGCUUUUGCUUUUUUUGUGUAUCUUUUAAGUACUUCUACUUCUUCAUCACUUUGAACUUGUUAUCAGCAGUAUAUGCGGUAGAACAUCGACUCUUCUAGAGUGAUGUGCCGGUUUGUAAUCACCACGAGAGCUGUCGCGGUUUUGGCGGUCGCGAGGACCGCCGCCGGUGUCCACGAGGAGGAAAAGAAGAAGACUGAGUACCAUCGGCCGAAGAAGUUUAUGCAGCGGGUGGACGACGCCGAGCGGGAUGCGUUCGAAGGGAUUUGGACAUUCUCAAACAACUUAUUCUCAGCACUCAGCACCAGCGGGUCGGGUUCCUCUCCCCCAGAAGCCGUCAAAGACAAAAGGGCUCUCGAUUCCUCGGCUCCUGUUUCUCAUGUUGACCAUGACGAUGACAAAAGGACAAAUAGCGGGGGCAGGAGCACGAACUCUGAGAAAAGAGAUGACGCAGAUAAGCAGUCUCCCCUGUUCCUGAAGGAAGACGUUGACCUGAGCGAGCACAGUGCUGCUGGCUCAAGUUCGAGCUCCGUUGACGUCGACGACAGCACGAGAUCGUCAUGGCUUCAGCACCAGCAUGAGAACGAGAAAGUUCCCGCGAAAAAGAAUGCGGCAACUGAAGAGGAACGCAAGAUGAACAGUACACACGAUCGGACCUCCGAGGAGAAUGGAAAACAACAGCACGAAAAUGAUCGUAUUCGCAACCAAGUGGAAUCUCCGGAAUCGGCGUCACAACGCUGGUCAUCCUCUUCGGAAGAAACCGAGAACAGUAGCAACCACACGGGUCCUCCUGCUUGGGAUCAGCAGUUGUUACCGCACCGUGCUGCACCCGACAUCAUCCUCGUCAGGCCGGGAUCGCAUCAAAAUGAAUCUUCCAGUACGUUCGUGCAGAGGCAAGAAGAUGAAACUCAGACCAAACUACAAGCUACGCCCCGGACUGCUGAUCGUAUGGAGAAUGCCAACGGUCAUGGUGGCCAGUUACUUGUUCAAGGAGUUGAAUCAGAAGUGCAUAGCACUUCCAGCGCCAAGCUCCUGUUAGCACCUGGAUCCUCUGAAGAUACAACAAUUAACAACAAGAAUGACAAGAAACAAUUUUCGGAACAAAACGCAGACGGACAGUUGUGGGCCGCGAACAAGGCGAGGGUUGAUCAAGGCGAUCCUGAUCUUCAUGCUAGUUCGCUUGUAGAAGAACAUGCGAUCAACAUGUGGCCGUGGGGCGCUCCUGACUCGGAGGACUCCGACGAGGACGACGAUGAUGACGACGAAGAUGGUCAUGAUGAUGACAGCUCAGAAUAUGGUCAUGGGGAACAGACCAACGAGGAUUCGUCGCCGUCAGCAUCUGACGAGGAAGAUUCGGAAGACCAUGGUCAAAAGAUGAGUAGGAAAAAGGCCAGUGAGAGCCUGAUGACGAUGCUUCAGGAAAGUGCACAGGCCGCGGCCAGUCUCGGAUUGAUUUCAAAAUCAAAGAAAGUAAUGAUGGCCGGCCCCGGUUUCGUCAAGUUCGUUGGGUAUGACCUCAUAAUGGCGAGGGCUUUUGGCCUGAAUCGAUACGGGUCAAACGAGCGAGUGCUGGCGGGGUACUACAAAUUAUGAUUAUCGUGGUGAUUGACAAUUUUUAGAGCUCUAACUCUAUUUUAUUGAGGUGGAUCAAUUCCGAGCCCCAACUAUGUAUUUCGUACCUAGCGAAGCUCCUUUUUUUUUUGUUUUGUCUUCGCAAAGAGCGAAGAGCACUAAAUAAUUAAAGGCACGGGCGUCGUGAAGCUGCGCCUUGCAGUUUCAAGUUACACAUUAAAUUUAAGAAAAAAAACUAACAACUUUCAGCGAAUGCGCACAAGGGAACGCCGUCGAGAAACUAACGGGAGUUGCUAUGUUAUUCCCCGUAUGCAAUGAAGAAUAUAUUUCUGGGUCAGUGGAGGGAGGGUACCGAUACUGUACAGCAUUAGCAACGCUCUAAGUACAAGUUCGUCUUGGUCCCUUUGCACGACUUCAUCAAAGGCGCUUCUUGGCAGUUGUGGCGCUGUAUCGUGAAGUGUCAUGGAAGACAAAUUACUCAGACCAACAAGAACCCCUCCCCAUGAUGAUCAAAGCUUUCUUACAUCUUCAACACCCUCGACUGACCCAGACGUACUAUUUCGAUUUGAUAUUCUGGCAUGGCGGACGACGAUGCGAAUUUUCAAUUGGGCACCUGGAUGGAGAUAUCAUGCAGAAAAGUCUAGCAUAUUUCAAUUAUUUCUAUCACUGCCAUGCUGAGAAAUGUUUGAAGUCAGACUCAAAAAAUAAAAAGAUGAACAUAUAUAAAUUUGAAUUUGUAUUUCGUCCCCACGGCAGGGGCAGCUUCGCAGCACCAGAGCCCCGCGCUACGUAGGUAGGCAUGACCAUGCAUGUCCAUGACCUUGACCGCACUCACAUCAAGGGCAGAUGGUCGGCGUCCACUUUGAUGUAGUUGAUUUUUUUAGUUUUAUCAAAGAGCUAGUAGGUACAUAAUUCCAGGCAGCCAAAGCCAAUGCCAUCAUUUUUUAUUUUCCAUUGGAGUGAUACCCGAAUCUGAUAAGCAUAAGCUAGCUCUUUUCUAAUUGAGACGACCACCUGGUGAAUGGGGGAGAGUAUGAUCCGACGAAAGAAGCACCGAAGUUGCACUUUGUGGAGCACUCGCUAAAUGCAAUAAAGCGGCAUGAUUCUGACCUUCAGACACGGCCAGGCGCUCCUGCGGUUGCGGAAGGUUACUUCUAUUAUGUGGAGCAGCAAUGGAUCCAGGUCGUGGCUAAGCCAAUUGAAAAAACAAGGAGGGAGGUCCUCGACGAUUAUUUUUUUUCGCCCAACGGCAUACCACAAAAAAUUAAAAUACGAGCGCCCGAUAAGACCGAGGAACUCGAGCUGAUCCUGAAAAAACAGACCUACCGGAAAAGAGUUGGUCAUACGGUAAACAACAUCAAGGCAGUGGCGGGGUUUGUCGAGCGUACCUUUUUCCCCAUCUUACCGAAUGGGGCGAGUUUGCUGCACAUCGUGGAGGAUCAAGAGCCGCAGGGAACCGGAGCUGCAUUACGCGGAGAACGCCAGAAAUUUCAACCAACCACCGACGCCUCCACGUGUAUGGCGAAGGUUGAGAGUCUUGGUAGCGAGCGCGAUUCGCCAACUCAGCAGUCUGAUUCCGUGCGCAAACUCCUGCUGGAUUUCGUCGUUGACCGGCUGGUAUUUCUCUUCUAUGCUUUCUUUUCUUGUUCCGCGACCGCGAGUCAACGCGAAGCGCAACCAGGCAGACUUUGCAUUUAAGUAAGUACUUCAUUCUUAUUGUAUAUGUUGGUCAUGGUAAUGCAUUGACAACUUCUAGUUCCACUUGAUUUCUUUAUACCUUUAUUAUGAGUGCGAGCAGGAGCAGCUAAUAUGGCGGAUUCAUUUGGUAACUUACGUUUUUGGGAGCGCAGGGGACCGAAGGCCCACCCGGCUGGGUGGGUCAUAGUUCCUAUGAGCACCACCUAGUAGGCGAAAUUGUAGAAGUGACCCUCUUCUUCUGACUCUAACUCAAAUAGAAAUUAUCUCGAACAUUACUUGCAUUACAACAUUCACAGUUGGUAUUGCUUUUGGUAGAUGAAUUUCGAACGCACUGUGCAGGUAAUUGGGUUGGACGACGACGAGGACGUGGUCAGGUCGUCGCAUCUGGUGAUGGUGGAUGGUGUACGAGAGUACUUUUUUGGCCCACUAGCGCGGGUGCGUGAAGGGAUCUUGGCGCGGUCGACACAUCACGACAAUACAGUAGAAAAUGACAUUGCGCAGGUUCGCAAUUAUCUUGAAGAGCACACAGGAAUUGAGGACUUCUGGAGAUUCACCAAAGAGAAUAAACACCUGCACCUCAUCGACCCCCGUUUCGAUUCCAUUGACAUUGGAGAACUCAAUGGGCUGCUCGAUAAGGCCGUUCUAGAGCUUCAGGCGGAGAAAGGGAUACUACUCGCUGCGAGGAACAAAAAUCAAAAUGGUCUCAUCUCGUCAACAACACCACAAGUACUAGAACUAGAAGUGAAGGAUUUUGCGGCCCUAAUCGUUCAUCCAAUUCCCAUCUUUCAAGAAGCUGUCGCUCUCAAGCCGAGACUGGAACGUAAAAUACUUCUCGAGAAGAGGUGGCGGGAAGAUGGGUGGGAAGAACUCGAGAAGGCACGUAAAAUACUCGAGAAGAAAAAUAAAAGACUCGAGAAGAAGUUGGAAGAACAAAAUAAGCGUCAUCUUCUUGCGAACAAACACGAACAGGACAGCGAAAACGACGACGAACACGAUGAAGAGGAGGAUGUCGAGGAUAGCCCAGAGUACCUGAAAGCCAGAAAGGAGUACGUAGAGGCAGUCAACGAGUUGAGACAGGCAGAGAAGGAGGCGAGGCACGAAUACUUCUUGCGUGAACAGCACAUGUCGCCUCUGCGGUACGCAUUGUUGACCGACUUCAGGAAGAAAACUAGAGCCCGCACUAUAUCCUUCCUCCAGGAAGAUGCACGACUCCCAAUAGUGACGGACGUGUGUGGAUUGGCGGUCCGCGAAGUCGAUCCGACUGAUGAAGCUGCGGGGCCGCAUAAAGAAGGUGAGCAAGCAGAAGAUGAAGAUGAUGCCGCAGCUGCUGGAGCUAACACCAAUCCUGAAGAUGGAGAACAGUCCACUUCGACAUCCGACCGCAACGACAAGAACCCGAAGAAAGCUAUGAAGAUGUCUCCUACUUUACGUCGAUUCCUGCAGCAUUUUGCUCUUGUACAUGACUACGCGAGCAACCCACGGGCUUCGCCGUGCUAUUUUGAGAACAUACCAGACCAAAAGCAGCUCGAGGGCUGCAGAAAAGCGCUAGAUGACAAGCUCGUGUACGAUGUCACGCAGCAUUUCGACACGAACCGCGACGCAACAUUCCAGCCAGUGCUCAGAAAGCGGAAAGGAGAAGAGCAGCAGCUGUGGGCGAGUGGAGCGCAUCUCCCUCCCCGCGCCUCGCGCUACGUAAAAAUGAUGGUCCGGGGGUUGCCACUGGCCGAUGACUCUGGUCAAAGAUAUGAUGCUGUCGCGUGGCAUCACUUCCUGACAGUGACAUUUCUCAAACCUGACGUGGAAAGGGGAAGCUUGACGGGGAAGGAAACAGUACAGCAUUGGAAUUUCAACCAACGAUAUGAACAAAAUAGGAAUCUGCCGUAGUUCUUUCCGCGCCCUGCUCGGCUCAGACCAGCGUAGUGCCGCUGCGCUGCAGCUGCUUGCAUGGCUAGUAUAAUUGUGUUUAUUAGCACAAUUGUGGUGCCGCUGCUUUAGAACAUACAAGGUACAAGGUUGUAGCUCUCGUAGAUCUACUAGUACCAUAAAGUGUACGUAGAUGAUGAAGAAUUAAACUACACCUACAACAAAGAAAAAUAUUAAUUACGGCCAUGCAGUAGAAGAAUUGGUAGCAGGGUCAUGCGUACUUAUUGGUCUGCAAUAAGCUUUAGUAGGCGCGCAGAGAGAUGCACGAUUUGCUUUUCCAAUUUCAUAGAACUACGGGUGUUGGGAUGAACGACAUGUGGGGAGAUUAUUUCGGUGAAGAAGCGGAGCGGGCCGAGGACGAGAAGACGAGAGAGCACUUGGAAGGCUGGCAUCCGUACGAGUUUGGUGACGAAUUAAUAGAGGCUGCCAAACCAGGAAGUGGGUCAUUGAUUGUCCCGAUGACGCAAGGGGAAUGGUAUGCGCUCAUGUUCGCCCUGAUGCUGACGCCGUUUGGGGACGGCAAAAUGUAUCAGUGCUUCCCCUUUACAGGGCAUCAGCACAUUAAUUGCCAGAGCUUUGCGCAUCUGCUGCCGGAGUUGCUGCGUGUACCUGUUGUACCUGCAAAAAGCUCUUGGCUUUCGGGUUCUGGUGCUGCACCGCACCCCGUCGACUACAGAAGUAGCGGUUUACGUUUGUUCUCAGAAUGGUACGAGGAGCAGACCAAGCAGAAAAAGUUUGUUGGCGCGAUUAAAACUGUGUCGGAGGUAGUGGUGCAGUUGAUGAUGAAGAUUCCGACAUAUGGCAAGAACAUUUCAAAGCGGAUACGCGGAUUCAUGACAGAACAACUCGGCCCUCUGCUGCAUUCCGCACACGAAAGAGUGAUGGAGUACAUGAGCGCUUCCGCCCUGGAGGCCGCUAAGAAAACGUGGUCAGAGCGGUUGUCUAUGUUAUUAUUGGCGAUCCGGACGACAGUUACGACGGUAGCGGCUGCGGUGGCCUCCAUGACCAACGCCGCAGUGGAGCACCUUCGACGCCUUCCUUUCGCAUCGACAGCGCAGAUUACAAACGACCUCAGCGGUUGGGCACGUCGCGUUGUUCGAGAUGCAAAAGCCGCAGCCGUGACUCUGACGGCCGGCUCAGCGGAUGCAGGCUCGGGUAGCACAGACCGGCAUCAAGGAAUACCAGACUCGUAUGUCUCCGUUGGGCUGGAAAAAAUGCUCCGGGAGGAAGUAAACUCUGAUAUACAACCUGGUGAUCCUCAUGAGGAAGAGGAUAAUCUGCCUGGUGCCUUGCGGUCCGACCGCGAGGAGCAAAAUCCAAUGCAACGGGAACACCAUUUUGCUAAUCCAGAUCCUUAUGGUUUUUCCACCGCUGCUCCGUAUGAUCCUCACGGCGCCGAGAGCCAGCAGAACAGUGGUCACGGUAGCGGUGAUAUCUUUGGGGGAGCUGUGACUCCGAAGCAGGAGAGUACGAAUGCACGUGAACACGCACACCCUCCUAUCUAUGAUGAAAAUAAAUAUGGAACAAGUGGACGAGAAAAUGAAAUGAAAGCCAGCACUUCUACUCACUGGAACACAAUUCGGAAGGAGGUGGCACGCGGGGGCGGGUCGCGGUUGCAAGACAACAUAGCAAGGGAACUCUGGGCAGGUCUAGUAGCAGAGAAGGAUCAACAACAGCACGAAGACACAAACCGCGAAAUUUCUGCUAGUCAACAAGGGUUGAAAGAACACCCAGUUGUUGCACCUGUUGCACCAGAACAUCAAGCACAACCUGAUGCCGAGGCGCGUGGCCGUCCACCGCCUGCCGGGGUUGGCCCAGCGAGAGCGAGUUCUGUCCCUAGCCUUCCUCAUCAACAUCUUCAUCAGACGCCACGGGGUCGCUCGCCACGGGGUCGCGCGGUGUCGCAGGGUAGCCGUCUCGGUGUUGGACACGAACAACGGUUGGAGUCGGGGAUGAGAUCUCGGCCAGCCCGAGAUCGCGCUCCUUCUCCAACUACUCGUGGCUCCCGACGUGCAGAACAACGACCACCGGGGUCGUCCACCAGCAGUAAGAGUCUCCAAGGCGUUGGCGCGCCCUCGUCGCUCGGGGAUGAAAAUCAUCCCCGGGGGGAACGCCAAGCGGAAUCGCGAGCCGGAGAUCGAGCGCGAGCGUCCUCGCCUCCUGCUGGUACGCCCCGCCCCCGGGCCGGCGAACGCAGCGGUGAAGGUCCGAUCUUCACGUCUGCGCCGUCUCGUCAGGCGGCCAGGGAACGAGACGAAUUAGGAGGUGGAAGAUCAGCAGGACCAACUUCAACAUCAGCACACGCCGGCCAUCCGCUAGUACACGGAGGACGACUUGGUGGUCGACCUGGCGCGUCUCAUCGUGCGUCUUCUGUUCCACCUCGAGGAGCCUCGGUUCCUUCCGCCGCGGGGAGGACAAAACCGACCGUGUCGAGUGAAAGAAGUCAAAGUAGUCCUGUCGAAUCGGCAGCGAUGCCGAAGACUGCGGCGCCAAAAGCACCAGCUCAAGGAGCGGCGCAACGCGCAACAUCUCCUAUGAAAGCGGAUAUUGAUGGGGGAGCACCACGACCAGCACCAUCAGGACGCGAAGAAAGAAGUUCAGUUGGAGGCUUUCAUGAUCCCGGAGGACGCUCAGGCUCCAGUGGUCAACCACAACCAAAAGGCCCCAGUAAUAUAUCUGGACCCGUUGCCAGUGAAAGAGGCAGAUCUGCGAGGCCGAACCCACUCCCACAAGGAUCUCCAUAUGCUGCAGCUGCUCCACGGGAAGGAUCUCCAGAUGCCUCUUCACCUGCUCGUGUCGUACAGUCCCAGCCAAGGAGCCGAUCCCAAUCAAGGUCCCCUUCCCCUGCACGUGCAGCAGCUGCAGGACCUGCUACGAGCCAAAAGGCACCUGCAGUGCCUGCUGUUGCUGCAGGACUACCGAGAACCGCCAUGAAGACUACUAGCCCGCCGCAGUCUUCUCGGGCGGGACCGAAAACACCCUCCACCAGCGCGGCUUCAAUCGCAACUGCAGCAGCGAGCCCGGCAUCCGCAUCCCCCGCCACGGCAAAGGCUCUACCGGGACCGAAGCGAGCAACUUCAGCCGGGCGUGCUGCACCCACAGCACCUGCACCAAGGGCAGCAUCCGCAUCCCCCGUCGGCAGGGGUCCACCGAGACCUGAAGCUCGUCCACCCGCAACAGCAAGAGCAGCGUCCGCUGCACCACCCGUGAAAGCGAACGCACCCCCAGCCGGGGCUCCAGUACUCACAGCAGCAAGACGAGCAGCAUCCGCUGCGCCCCCCGUCAAAGUAGUGAAAGCACACCCGGCAGGGGCUCCAGGACCCGCAGCAGCAAGAGGACGACCAGGAUCCGCUACACCACCGCUCGUCGCCAAAGCGAAAGCACAAGCCGCCAAGGCUCCACCGGCAGCAACAAGGGGAGCAUCCGCUGCACCCCGCCCUGCUAGCAAAACGACUCCUCCAACCGCAGCACCAAAAAGCGCAGCACCUCAGCGUGGUCCAGGCGCCGACCGCCCCCGGACGCCUCCUCCACAGCAGGGCAAGCCCCAAUCGCAAUCGUCCCCCAUCAAGAGGACUAUGGCGCCUCCCGGACCGGCGACCGCAGCACCCCCAUCUCAAGCCCCCAGCCAAAAGCAAUUUUCCGGGCCCAGCGGGAACGCAGCGAGGGCGGCCGCUAGUGUUUCUGCGCACGACAGCUCUCGUCAGCGAACGGGAACUUCUAGUGGUGUUUCUCCGGCACCGGCACGAGCACGACCUCCGGCUGCAGCUGCGCCUCCACCGGUACGACACGUUGCUGCAGCGCCACCACGUGGAGGCUCCGUCGCUGGUCGCAGUUCAUCUCAAGGUCCUGCCGAGCCGCGCCCGCCAGCGCAAAAAUCGCAACAAGGCCGAAGUAACGUUCCUGCGACGGCGGCGAGAGGACGAAGAUACAGGCAGGGUGGUGGGUCUGCUUCGUCUUUCACGGAGAAGUCCUCCCCUGGGUUAACAAGAGAAGACGAAGACGUUGUGGCAGGAGCGACGCAAAGGCAAACCUAAUUCAGGUUCGUCCGGAAAAGCAAUGCGACACAUUGGGUGAAGGGCGAGGACCCGACUUUUGGUCACGCGAACCGGAAAUGCGACAAAUUGAGCUAAAUGUCAGUAUGUCGAAACUUAAAUUGGAUUGAAGUAUAAUUGUAUCGGAUUUGGAAAAAAAAAAAAAACUCCCUCUCUCAAGUGAUUCUUCUUCUUCCCCCUUGGUACACGUACAAGUGCAUGCAUUCCCCUCCUUUGUCCGUACGUUUUUCUUUCUGCAACUGAAAGUCGAAACAUAAUAUCGCAAACAUAAGCAUUUUCAUCUAGUAGAAGUAUGAUUGCAUAGAAGUAGGCACACCGAAACGGGUAUGCAUAUGGUUUUCGUUUCGGGCAUUGGCAUUCGUUUUCGUACACGAACCUCACAAAUAACGACGUAUUUCUUAUUUGUUUCAUCUUUUUCAGCGCAGACCCCGCUGCGGAUCUACUUCAUUCAGCGUUUAUAGGUUAUUUUUCAGGGUUCGCUUGACGCUAACGGUAAGGACGUGUCGUAUUUUGUGAGUUUGAGUUUCAAUUUGUUUCCGUUCUCGAAAUUGAUCACCAGGUCUCGACGCUUCUGCGCGGGUCUUGCGUAUGAAGCGGUAUGGAAGAAGAUAAUCGGUUUAGUAUCUAUCUGUUAUGAUUAUCAGACUCUG